CAGGCAUCAGCAACACCUCCUAUAUCCGAUUUAUGUCCUCGCGUUCGAAUAUUUGCACACUUGCCGUCAAAUGACAUCGCCUGAACGCUGUAUACGCCGCCCUCGCCGACUGCUACCCUUCAGAGGCGACAGUGUUAGCGUGCCAGAUCUAUAGCGCUUCGCCAGAAAGAUGGGCUUCACACUUGGGCGCGAAGGACGCUUGAUCCUCCUGCUGAUCAUCGACAUUGCCUUCUUCUUUGUCGAAAUCAUAACUGGCUAUGCUGUCGGAUCUCUCGCUCUUGUGGCCGAUUCGUUCCACAUGCUCAACGAUGUCAUUUCUUUGAUCGUUGCUUUCUAUGCUCUUAAGGCGCGAGACUCAUCUCGUCUGGUAUUCCCAAAGCUCUCGAAACGCAAAAGCACGACCGAGGAUCCUCGGUACUCGUACGGCUGGCAGCGCGCUGAGGUGCUUGGUGCACUAAUCAAUGGCGUUUUUUUGCUCGCCCUGUGCUUCUCCAUUUUCAUGGAAGCCAUCGAACGCUUUAUCAAUGUCCAAGAGGUCCAGAACCCGAAGCUCGUCAUCAUUGUCGGUUCCCUCGGUCUGGCGAGCAACAUCGUAGGCCUCUUCCUUUUCCAUGAUCACGGACAUGCGCAUGGCCAUGCUCACGGUGGACACUCGCACGGCCAUGUGACUCCGAACGGCACGGCUGUAGCUGCGAUCGAAGUGUCGGGUUCCCUAACCGGAACUCUGCGUGACGACCUGGCUGCCGACGCCCCCACGCAGCCCGCUGAGGCUGUGCCCAUCGUGUGCGCACCGCGCAAAGGUUCACCAGAAGAUGUGCUCCGAAGAUCACGAGAGGACAGUGUCGGGAGCCUGUACGGUCAUCCUGCUCAUACACGAGCGCUCGUCGUGCAGGCUGCACACGAUAUGGGGUAUGACACUCGCGAGGGCGCCAUUCAGAUCGGUGGCGGAGAGCGCGAUCGAAUACCCGCCUCUGAAUUCGAGGCCCGUGUAUCGCGAUCCCGCCACAGCAAUGCCUCCCAGGGUCGCUCAGAGUACGACCUCGAAGCUGAAGGCGAGAUUAUGGGGGAAUCGUCUACAAAGAAGAAGGCCGGCAUCUUACAACGUCUGCGCAGCAAGAAGGCUGCCGAAGAUCACACGCAAGAGCACAGCCACGAAGACGGCCACGCACACGACGCGCACGAACACGCUCACCAACACUCACAUGGGCAUUCGCAUGACAGCCACCGGCACGGUCAUGGAGCGCAAGACGGGAGCAUGAACAUGCAGGGCGUCUUUCUUCACGUGCUUGGCGAUGCACUGGGCAACGUCGGUGUUAUUGGCGCUGGUAUCAUCAUCCUCAAGGCUUCGGGCACCUGGCGCUUCUACAUGGAUCCGCUCAUCUCAUUCAUCAUUACCAUCAUUAUAUUCCACUCUGCCUUGCCGCUGGUCAAGUCGGCCUCGUUCAUCCUGCUGCAAGGUGUUCCGCCCACUGUCCCUCUCGAGACGGUUAAGCAGAGCAUGCUGAACGUCGAUGGGGUGCUGAGCGUACAUGAGCUGCACAUCUGGCAGCUGAGCGAAAGCAAGAUCGUCGCCUCGGUGCAUGUCCUCGUGGACUGCUCCAGCGGGCAGAUGGAUCGAUAUGUGGAGAUCGCCGGCAAGAUGCGGCGUGUGCUGCACAGCUGGGGGAUUCACUCGAGCACGAUCCAGCCCGAGUUCGUCCGGGGAGGGAUGCUCGAGGCGGCUAAGCUGAGCGGUGUUGCCGUUGCCGGGGACGGCGUGGACGCGCAAGGGAGGUUGGUCACCGAGAAUGGGGAGCUGGUGCAGGAUCAACUGGCGAAAAAUGGGAUUGGAUGUCUGCUCGCGUGUGAUCUCGAUGCAAGUUGUGCUGAAGCAGCCUGCUGCCCACCGCAACCCAUGCCAUCCAACUCGACGAACACUGCUGCUCAGGCUGUGGCGACAGAGGAAACCGUCGCGCAGCAGGACUGA